AUGAUUCGGAAGACAAUAAUCCUCCUAAGCUUAGCACUGUGUGUACUUGGAGAUGGACAUCACGCGGUUUCUGAGCAACACAUCAAAAUCAACCAUAAGGAACAUCACGGGCAUCAUGGCGAACUGACUCACAUCGGUUCCAAGAAGCCCGAGCAUCAUGAGGAAUACGCGUGGUCGUAUCCAUCAUACGAGUUCUCAUACAGUGUCCACGAUCCCCAUACCCAUGACAAGAAGGGUCAACAUGAGUCGCGCGACGGAGAUGAAGUGAAGGGCGAGUACUGGCUGAUAGAACCCGACGGUCGCAAGCGCACCGUUACGUACCACGCGGACAAACAUAGCGGUUUCCACGCUAUCGUCCAUUACUCGGAUCAUCACCAUCACAUUGUCGAACACCACGGUCAUGUCAAAGAUGAUCACAAAGACGAUGACCACAAAGAUGAUGACCACAAAGACCACAAGGAAGAAGAACACAAACAUGACGAUCAUAGCAAGGAAGAACACAAGGACCAUGAUGACCACAAGGACAGUCACGAAGAUGAAGGCGAGGAACAUCGUGGUGCUGAAGAAACCCGCGGUCGCGAAGGUGGCGUAAUUAGAUGGGGUUACGGCCCUAAAUGGGACCAUGACAAAGAUGACCACAGACACGGCCACGAUGACCAUAAACGCGGCCACGAUGACGACAGAGACGAUGAUGACGAUAAAUAUGAUAUCGGCAAAAUGACUAUUUACGGUCGUUUAGGCAGUUACGGCAGUCGCCGCGAUGACAAGAAACGUGACGAGAAACGCGAUCAUGACAAAAAAGAGGAGGAAAGUUUACUUUGGGAGGAACGUCGCAAGUUCGACGAGCGACGUGGUUACCCAUCGAUAAAAACGCCUUACUUCGGCCACCCCUCUCGCAUGAACCCUCGCUUUUACAGGCAUAACCAAAGAGACCGUAACAUUUCUAGACGUACUUAAGAUAUACUCGUUAAUGUAU